UCUGCGAGUGCGCGCGCAUCAGUGUGCGAGCUCAGUUCUCAGCACCAAGGACAGCGUCUCUCACAGAGCAUCAGGUCACCCUUGACAAAACCUUGACUACGAUUCAAUCACGCCAAGAGCGGGACAAGUGAGCGCAGAUGACAGCAACAUUACUGCAAAACUGAUUUUUCCACCUUCUCCCGAGAGAGAGUGCAUAUGUGAGGCGACUAUCAACAGGAGCGAGCAUCAUUUUCUACAAAGGCGUGUUGACAUGGUUCUUGAGUAUGAACGGGUUUCAUGAGUGAAGCCCAUUCCUCUGCGGAGUAGACUGAGGCGGUCGCAUUCCAGUGCUGCUGGAGAGGACGCAGUGAGAGCGGAUCUGUCUAAUCAACGGGCAUCGACACGCAUCCUCCACGGGGCACUCAGCUUGACUCCUCUGCCAUCCAGGGCAAAAUGCGUCUGGUUCUGUUCGCCUUCCUCAUCUCGUGCUCCUGUGCGGGAGGCGGAUGCGAACCCAAGACUGUGAAUAUCGGGGCUGUCCUGAGCCAGAAGAGAUAUGAACAAGUGUUCAAAGACGCUGUCACCCAAGCCAACAAUAUAUACGGCAAAGAUAAGUUCAAGAUGAACGCAAUUUCUGUCACCCAUAAGCCAAACGCAAUUCAGAUGGCACUCUCCGUAUGUGAGGAUCUCAUCUCUAACCAGGUGUAUGCGAUCUUGGUGAGCCACCCACCCCAGUCCAACGACCAUCUGACUCCCACUCCGGUGUCCUACACAGCUGGGUUUUACCGUAUCCCUGUAGUGGGCCUCACCACCCGCAUGUCCAUCUACUCUGAUAAGAGCAUCCACCUCUCCUUCCUGCGCACGGUGCCACCCUAUUCCCACCAAGCCCAAGUGUGGUUUGACAUGAUGCGUGAGUUCCAGUGGAAUCACAUCAUCCUGAUUGUGAGUGAUGACCACGAGGGCAGAGCGGCACAGAAAAAACUGGAAACCCUGCUGGAGGAAAGGGAGACGAAGAGUAAAAACAGGAACUAUGAAAACCUCGACCAACUGUCCUUUGACAACAAGCGAGGACCCAAGGCAGAGAAAGUGCUCCUGUUCAGCCAAGACACAAAUCUGACGGCUCUGCUCCAGGAAGCCAAAGAGCUAGAGGCCCGAGUUAUCAUCCUGUCUGCAAGUGAAGACGAAGCCGCAGCCAUUUACAAAGCAGCGCGCCAGCUCAAUAUGACAGGCUCUGGUUAUGUGUGGCUGGUUGGAGAAAGGGAGAUGUCUGGUAAAGCACUGAGUGAAGCCCCAGAUGGCUUGCUCGGCCUUCAGCUUAUCAAUGGCAAGAACGAGUCUGCGCACAUCUACGAUGCCGUGGCUGUGGUGGCCCAGUCCAUUCAGGAGCUCUUUGAGAAGGAGAAUAUCACAGAGCCUCCUCGAGGCUGUGUUGGCAAUACAAACAUCUGGAAGACUGGCCCACUCUUCAAACGAGUGCUGAUGUCAUCCAAGUAUCCAGAUGGCCUGACAGGCCGCGUGGAGUUUAAUGAUGACGGAGACAGGAGGUUCGCCCACUACAGCAUUCUGAACUACCAGAAAACCCGGCUGGUGCAAGUGGGCAUCUACAAUGGCUCGCAAGUUGUAAUGAAUACUCAGAGGAAGAUUAUUUGGCCAGGAGGAGAGACUGAAAAGCCAAAAGGGUAUCAGAUGUCAACAAGAUUAAAGAUUGUCACCAUUCAUCAAGAGCCCUUUGUCUAUGUGAAACCAACGCUACGAGAUGGAACAUGCAAGGAAGAGUACACUGUUAAUGGAGUCCUGAUCAAAAAAGUGAUCUGCACUGGCCCCAAUGAGACCAUUCCAGGUCGCCCCAUAGUGCCUCAGUGCUGCUAUGGGUUCUGCAUUGACCUUUUGAUCAAACUUGCAAUGACAAUGAACUUCACCUAUGAAGUGCAUCUAGUGGCUGAUGGCAAAUUUGGCACUCAGGAGCGUGUAAAUAACAGCAACAAGAAGGAGUGGAAUGGCAUGAUGGGAGAGCUCCUGAGUGGCUUGGCAGACAUGAUCGUGGCUCCACUUACAAUCAACAAUGAACGAGCCCAGUAUAUAGAGUUCUCGAAACCAUUCAAGUACCAGGGGCUCACAAUACUUGUCAAAAAGGAAAUACCACGCAGUACACUGGACUCGUUCAUGCAGCCUUUUCAGAGCACUCUGUGGUUACUGGUGGGUCUAUCGGUCCAUGUUGUGGCGGUGAUGCUCUACCUAUUAGACCGUUUCAGCCCGUUUGGAAGGUUUAAAGUAAAUAGUGAAGAGGAAGAAGAAGAUGCCCUCACCUUAUCCUCUGCUAUGUGGUUCUCCUGGGGUGUACUUCUGAACUCCGGCAUUGGAGAAGGUGCCCCUCGGAGCUUUUCAGCAAGGAUUUUAGGUAUGGUGUGGGCUGGUUUUGCUAUGAUUAUAGUUGCAUCUUAUACUGCCAAUUUGGCAGCCUUCCUAGUGCUGGAUCGGCCUGAGGAGCGCAUUACCGGCAUCAACGACCCUAGGCUGCGAAACCCAUCAGACAAGUUCAUCUACGCCACAGUGAAGCAGAGUUCUGUGGACAUUUACUUCCGGCGCCAAGUUGAGCUAAGCACCAUGUACCGCCACAUGGAAAAGCACAACUACGAGAGCGCCGCUGAAGCCAUCCAGGCCGUGCGAGACAACAAACUCCACGCGUUUAUAUGGGAUUCAGCAGUGUUGGAGUUUGAGGCCUCGCAGAAAUGUGACCUGGUCACCACAGGCGAGCUGUUCUUCCGCUCUGGAUUUGGUAUCGGGAUGCGUAAAGAUAGCCCGUGGAAGCAAAAUGUUUCACUGGCCAUCCUCAGUUCCCAUGAGAAUGGCUUCAUGGAGGACUUGGAUAAAACCUGGGUCCGUUAUCAGGAGUGUGACUCCAGAAGCAAUGCACCAGCCACGCUCACUUUCGAGAAUAUGGCAGGCGUGUUUAUGUUGGUGGCUGGUGGCAUCGUCGCCGGGAUCUUCCUCAUCUUCAUUGAGAUUGCGUAUAAACGACACAAGGAUGCACGCAGGAAGCAAAUGCAGCUGGCUUUUGCAGCAGUUAAUGUAUGGAGGAAGAACUUACAGGAUAGGAAAAGUGGUAGAGCAGAGCCCGACCCCAAAAAGAAAGCCUCUUUUAGGUCCAUCAGUACCAACCUGGCCUCCAACAUCAAGAGACGUAGGUCGUCCAAAGACACGCCAUAUCCUACGGACAUUACCGGCCAGCUCAACCUGUCAGACCCCUCUGUGAGCACAGUGGUGUGAAAGUGGAGAGAGAAAGAGAAUUUGACAGGGAGAAAGAAAGAGAGAGACUGGAAAAGCUUGAGACAACACCUUCAGCAUUUGAGCAAAAUCCACCCCGUCUCAGCAUAUGCACACUGGAUAUGAAACUUUUAUGGACACACUGUGCCAAAUUCAACCACACUGGAGCAAAUUCACACUGCCACACAGCUUCACUUUUUACAAUUUUUUGCACAUAUCUUAUAUGUAAAUAUAUAUUCAGAUUUCUCCACAUUAGGUCAUCAUUCAGUCUUAACAAAAAAACUAAUAAUAAUACUGAAGAGUUUUUCACUUUUAUGAUUCAGACAUAAUUAUGUUACAUACAGUACACAUGUAUAUGUCUUUCUACCUCCACCUAAGAUAUAUGUAGCUUAUCUUAACACUUUGGUAGUGUUUUGAUGUUUUCCCAUUUGAAAAGAGCAAACACAGAACUUACCUUUGACUUCUUUGUAUAUUUAGAUUUGAAAAAGUAGGUUAGGGUAGAAAUUGUGUUGCUGUAAAUACUACCGUAGGUGAAAGUUUGGCGCAUUUUGAUCAUCGUUGCACUUUGCUGUACACUUUGUUUCUUAAUAUGCGAUUCUCUCCCUUCACUGCCGUUUUCAGAACACUCUCCUGAAGUUGUCAAGGUUGCUUUGGACACAUACUGUGGAUCUUUUUUUCACUACUUUAUUUAUUUGUUUAUGUUUUUAAUAUUUUGUACGAAAAUAAUGAUAGCAUAUUACAUGGGGUCUAUCCAGCCAGGGGCUAAAUGUAGCAGAUCCGACCUUGUUUAUCAUAAAAGCUUAAAGACAAAACUUAAAACGAACGAAAGGAACCCUCUUAUGAUAAAGAGUGGCGUAGAUGUAAUGAAGCAGAUAUUAUUACAGGAUUUUUGAGCUUAAUGUUGAACCUUGCUUGAAAUUCCCUGCAAUAAUUUCUGUAUCAUUGUGUUAGCUGGUAGCUAGCAUCUUUUAGCUACCACACUGGGGACCUUUCCUCACAUUAUAUAUAUAUAUCUCAUCAUGUCAUUAUAAUACAGUAUAUGAGCAGUAUUAUAUUUUGUCUGUGUGGAAUAAUAACACUAGAUGCUAUUUCCAUCGUUUGUUGUCAAGCUUUUGCUCUGUGGACUAGUUAAAUGGUUACCAGCAAAAGUGGUAAUUUAUAAUACGAGUCAGUUGUCUUUUUCUGUGGGCUUUUAAAAGUAUACUGACCAAUAAUAGGCGUAUUAGAUCACUGUAUAGAUCGUUUGUCUCAAACAAUCAAUCUGAGGGCUUUGCUAACUAUUGUGAGAAGUUUAGAAUGUGAACUAUGCGUACUGUUACAGUAAGUUAUGAAACUGUUUUAUAAGAUGAACACAUGAAUAUGAGAAAAAUAUAUGUUUUAGAUUAAAAUUGAGAGUUUUUAUAGAAAAACAUUAGAUUCAUGGUUCAGGGUUUGGUGGUCUUUGCCUGAAAAUAUUAUGCUGGGCUGGGUUCAGCAAGUGUCUAAAGUCCAGUUUUACUGUGAACAUGACUGUGAACUGCUUUGUGAAAUUCGUUAUGAAGCGUGUAACACAUUAAGCAGAUACACAAAUUCUCUAUAGAUUCAUAAUCAAUGCUACAUAGAAAAAUAUAUGCUGCCAUAUGCACUGCUGUGUCCAUCAAGCUAAUAUUUGAUCAUAUAAUUGGAUUCUGAGUGGUGGAAACCCACGAUGGUGGCAGGGAAUAAAUAAAAGUGUGCAGCCUGAAGUACUUGUGAGGCUCAAGAGGAAGCACAUCUUUGACAAACAAAGCAAUGUAACCCAUUCACUGUUGUAUGCAAACAUGCAUUAUUUCUAAAGCUUUAAAAUAUUGCAAGGCCAUUUAAAUCUGCUUUCACCCUAUUUCUCGACCACCAAAUCUGCUUUUGAUGACUAUUCUAAUACUGUUUGUGUAAAAAAAAAAACUAAAAAAUGUAUAACUGUUAUACUCCAGUGUACCAAUAAAAUAUAUAUCAAAUGAAAAACUUUA